AUGGCCGAUGAUAACUGGAAGCGAUUGAAAAUUAAAAAAGAUUUUAUUUCAGGUAAAAGUUCAUACAGCCAAGAACGUAUUUGGCUUGAUGAGUCCAUUCGUGCGAUGUACACUAGCAAAGAUGAAAAUCUAUUCAAUUAUAACUCCGUUCUUGCUUAUCAAGUCAACGAUGGUUACUUAUCCAUCAAUCGUUUUCGUCAAGCGAUUGAAAAUGUUCUUAGCAAAAACGAAAUCUUUGGUACCGAACUAGACUUUGAUUUGGACGAACACUGCACUCAACAGAAAAUCAAUCCAUUCAACAAAGACAUCUAUUCAUUCGAAAUUACCACCAUUGAUGUUACAGAUCACGACAAAAUUAACGAAAUCAUUUACCAAGAACAAAGCUCAAAACAUUUCGAUUUGAAUAAAGGACAUAUAUUUCGAUAUCAUCUUUUGAAACAAAGUCAAAAAGAAAAGAAUCGGCUCGCAAAAGACGAUUAUGUUCUUUUGGUGUUUCAUCACUCAGCUAUCGAUCAUCAUUCCAAAUACUUGUUUGUAAAACAAUUAACACAAGAAUAUACAAAUGAAAAGUCGACAAUAGAUGAAAAUCAAUUGAGAUUUAUCGACUUUGCUCAUUAUGAGCGUCAGUUAGACCUGAGUAAAGCUGAAGCGUUUUGGGAGGACUUCUUUCAUGAUUAUGACUUUCACUUGCGAAUCAAUCUUCCAUAUGACAACAAAAUCAUUUUGAUCUCAUCUGGAUCAUACUAUGCAUUUGACAUUGAUCCAUCAUUGACACGACAAAUCUUUCGUUACAAACAGAAGAAGAACAUCAACUUCUUUCGUUUAUUUCUAUCUGUGUUCUACUGUUACCUGUUUAAACUCACUCAAGAUAAAGAUUUCUGUGUUGUGGGUGUCACACCAAAUCGUCCAAAGAAAGAACUAACUUCCGUCAUUGGUCCAUUUGAAAACUAUGUUGUUUAUCGACAUGUUAUUGAUCCACAUCAAUCUUUCAAUGAAUUUGUUGCGAAAAUCGAUGAACUGUGUACGAAUAUCAAAGAAAACGCCGCUUACCCAUACCAAAAUCUGAUUGCAUUUGCAAGAAAAUGUGGUUCACCUCAACAGCCCUUUUCACAAGUUGCACUUCGUGUUGAUAUCGAUGAAGAUAAAUGGAUUCUUGAUGUUGAUCAGAAUUUAGUUUUGAAUCAAGUAUCUUUGACGAAUCAUAAACAAUUUCCACGCAAUACAAAACUCACUCCCAUUGAUUUAACAUUAGUUGUUCGAUGUAAUUUGGAAAACAAAAGUAUCGACUUCUAUUUUGAUUAUGCUGAGAAACUGUUUGAACAGAAAACAAUCGAACUUUUAGCUGAUAGAUUCAAAAAAAUUCUCAAGCAUUUAUUUGAUGUUUCAUCAAACUUUGACUUAGAUGAGGAACAAUUAUUUAAACUAUCGAUUAUCCUGCCACAUGAAGAAAUGCUUAUUCAUAACAUCAAUCCACCAAGUCGAGAUUAA